AGAAAAUCCAACUGCCUUCAGAAGAUGGAUGCUCACAGGCCCAGAAAUGGCAAGAUUGAUAAAGGAAUUUGAAGAGGAAUAUCUCCAAGAUGACAAAGAGAGCUUCCAGCACCAUGAGCAGGGUCUUGGCACACAGAAGACAUUCCAGAGACAGGUCAACAGUCUGUCAGAUACCAUAAGGCGUAUGGGAAACCCUUUCCUGGAUGUCUUCGAGGAACUUGUGACUCUUGAUAGUCGCAACUGCGCAGAUAAAUUAGUCGCAAAUACCAUGCUCAUCCUGGAGGACACAGGGAAGAGACAAUAUCAGGAGUUUGUCAAGAAGGUGCUUGAUGAACGCACACAAUCUAUCCAUGAUCCGAUUAAAAGGAAUUCCUUGGCAGUCUUCAGGCAACCUAGACGCAAGACAAUGUCUAAAGAUGGGAAAAAGAUUAAAGUGCUUCAGAACAACGUGGCACUCUUUGGCCAGCUAUAUGUAGCUAUGCAGAGCCGUGAGAGUAAUUUGGAUGAAUUCUUUACACAUGAGGUGCAGUCCUUCCCUCCAUCUCUCUCAGACUUUGGAAAACUUCAUCUGACAGGCACCAAAUCAGACCUGCUACAAUGUCUUGAGCAGCCAGCACAAUCAGAGCCACCCUCAACCUAUGACUUCAAAGUCCUAGAUGGGGCAGUAAUUGUCCACUGCCUGCCCACUAUUAGAGUGAGCACGUUUGAUGCUUAUGCAAAUGAGGUUUUCAUCCCCUACCUGCAGAAGCAGCUGCAGGAUGCAAAACGAUUGGAUGUUGUAUGGGACACGUACAUCCCUGACAGCUUGAAGGAGUCCACCCGAGAAAAAAGAGGACGUGGUGUUCGCAGGAAAGUGUCAGGCCCGACAAAGUUGCCAGGCAACUGGAUGGACUUUCUUCGCGACCCAAUCAACAAGAAGGAGUUGUUUGAUUUCUUGACAUCCAAGAUCCAAGAGUUCAGCUGGCCACCAACCAAAGCUGUGUAUGUCACAUCGGGGCAAGCGGUGUCAGGACAAGCUUUUGGUUCCACUAGCAUGAUGGACUGUUGCAACCAUGAGGAGGCAGACACAAGGAUAGUGGUCCAUCUACAAUGCGCAUUGAAGGAGGGAGCAAAGACAGUUCUUGUGCGAACUGUGGACACUGAUGUCAUCGUGAUCCUUGCUGGUUUAUUUUAUGAUUUGGUGGUGCUUCAACCAUUGACUGACAUCUGGGUGGCUUUUGGCAUGGGAAAAAGGUUCAGAUAUUACCACAUAAACCACAUCUGCAAAAGCCUGGGGGAACCCAAAUCACAAGGUCUGCUUAUGUUCCACGCAUAUUCAGGUUGUGACACAACAUCUGCAUUUAACGGAAAAGGCAAGAAGUCAGCUUGGAGGGCCUGGCAAGCCUAUGAUGCUGCUACAGAAACAUUUAUGUAUCUGGCAAAGCAUCCAUUCCAGGAACUAAAAGUUGACUCUGAGCAUUUCCAGACACUUGAGAGGCUGACUGUGAUCCUGUACAACAGAUCCAGUCCUUUGAACUCCAUCAGUCAAACAAGGAAGGAACUCUUCUGUCAAGACAGUCGGCCGAUGGAGAGAUUACCUCCCACGCAGGAUGCCCUACUCCAGCAUGUAAAACAGGCUGUGUUUCAGGCAGGAAUCUGGGCAACCAGCACAGACACACAGCAAGUGAUUCCUUCUCCAAAGGACUUUGGAUGGACCAAGGACGAAACAGGGUCAUGGGUUCCAGUUUGGAUAACCAUUCCCGAGGUCUCCAUUGCCUGCAGAGAGCUGAUAAAAUGCUCAUGUAAAGGUGACUGUUCCAGCUGUAAAUGCAGCAAUGCUAAUAUUGACUGUUCUCCACUUUGCAAAUGCAACUGCUGCAAAUAGACACCAGAUUACUUCAUAGUGUAGUAAGAAGAGUCAUCCAGGCCAUUGGUCCUCAGCCCCCAUGCUGAUCAUGUGCACCAGCUGACUUGCCCCUUUAAUUUAUUUUUGGCCUCAAUCAGAGUUCUAACAUUAUAAUUGCAUUAAAGGUUUUAUGGAUAAUACUUCAUGUGCUGGGUCUUGAAUCAUCAUCUGAAAAUGAUACUUUUUGCUAUUUCCGUCCAUAAUGAGGCCUUAUUUGAAAGCCAAAUGGUUCAUAAUGGAAUCAAAUAUUGGCAUUCUGGCUGUUCUGGGAUGUGAAGACACUACCUGUAGACACCCUGUGCAAGUAUGAUGUAAAAACUAGCAGCAGGAGGACACAUGACAAGAAUUAGUCCUUUUUUAGUAUAGGCGUUUUUUGCAGUUAUUGAUCAAAAUAACUUAUGUGCACUAUAAAGGUAUUUUCAAUAUUUAAGUUUGAGUACCCUUCUAAAAUCCUUCAGUAGGUCAUAAAGAAGGCCCAUAAAAAAUUUGGCGCUUUUAUCCGCUCCGUAACGGUAAUGUCACUAAGCCACCAGACUAAUAGUAUCGCGGUACUAAUGAAUCAAAAACGGUACAAUACUUUGUUUGAAAAGUCGUCACGUCGUGACAUUGCUAGUUUACGAGC